UUCAGUGACACUUGAGAAGGUUAUGGCAUUAGCCGCUCAAUUCCUAAUCCAAUUUCCCCGGCUUGGAAUCAGAAGAAGCUUCCCUUUCCCUUCUUAUCUUAAUCGAAAUGGUGGUGGUGGUUCAUUAUCCUUUUGUAGUAGUAGUAGUAGUUGUUCCGCCAAGAAGAAUUACUUAGAAUUAAGUAAUGAAGAAUUGAUGAGAGAAUGCGAAAUGAACACAUUCAAAGCAUCGGGUCCAGGUGGUCAACACAGGAACAAGCGAGAGUCUGCCGUUCGUCUCAAACACUUACCCACUGGUGUCACAGCCCAGGCCGUUGAAGAUCGAUCGCAACACAUGAAUCGUGCUUCAGCUUUGAAUCGUCUUCGCAUUCUUUUAGCUCUUAAAGUCAGGAACAAUGUAAACCUUGAUACAUAUUCACCUCCUCAAGAACUGCUUCAAAUUCUUCCACUUAAGUCCACCAUUAGAGGAUCAGACUGUGGCCCUCAAAUUGGACCUAAUAAUCGUAAAUUCGUUUUGGGAAUGCAAGCUCUGCUUGAUCUAAUUUACACAGUUGAGGGAUCUGUAUCAGAGACAGCUAAGUUAUUGGGGUUAAGCACUGGAGCAUUGUCACGAUUGAUACUAUCCGAUGAUUCUCUACGAAUGGCGGUUAAUGAGUUGAGGAUUUCUAAGGGCAUGAAGCCUCUUAGGUAGAAUUUCUCAUUGGGUAAAAUUAUCUCUUCAUUUUCCAUCACUAUACGGUGUUAAUGUGCAAAUGAUAGCCAUCUCCGUGUAGAAACUACCUGCUUCUCUAUGAAACUUCAAAUACCCAUCCCACACUCUCCUAGAUUCUGAGCUGCUUGCCAUUGGAUUGAAGAUAGUAAUAGCUGAUUUAGAACGUUGAUUUUUCUGAAGAAAAAUCCUCAAUGAUCGGAAAAGUAAAAGUUGUAUCAGCAGAAGAAAAGAUGCUAAUUUACUUUCAUUCCCUGUCAAUACCUGAAAGUGGCAUAGUAAUUUGCUUAGACCUUGC